AUCUGUUCCUGCUUGACUGUUGCGCAAAUAAUGAUACCGCUUGAUGUCUAUAAAGAUGAAGCACUUUCCCGCGCAAACAGUCCUCUUUACCUCACCUCGACAGGAGUUCAUCUGUCUUCCAUUCGCUUGGCAAACCUCAACAAGAUAAAGGAGUCAAGGUUACCACUCUUCCACAAUGUAUAGCAAAUUGGUGCACACGGCCUUGGUUGCGAGCUCUGUCUAUAGCGUCUUUGCUGCUGGCAAUCCGUUGCUGCCUCGUCAGGACGCUUCUAGUUGGAGUGACUGGAUCUCCAGCUCUACCACUACAAGUUCCUCGGGCGAGUCUACACCAGUCACUGGAAUCACGGACGGUUGUACCGGAUCCCCUUCCACCGUCACGACCACGAGCGUGGUUACUACGACUGUGGGAGGGAGCGGCUCGACAGGGCCCACCACGACGGUCACCUCUUGUUCCGCAACCGUUGGCCCCGUCAAUGGUGGAACUUCAUGCUCUCCUGCUGGAACCGUGACGGUUACUUCAUGGGGCAGCGGCACUGGUGGCGGCAGCACUGGCAGCGGCUGUCCUUCCGGUGGUGUUCCGACCACCAUAGUUUCUACGAUUACGGUGCCGUCCCAGUGUCCAUCAAAUACUGGAGUUGUCGGAGGUUCAUCGUGUCCACCAAGUGCAUCGCCGAGCACAAUCACCGCCACCACGACCUUGACCGUCCCUUCAUGCUCCUCUGGAGGUUCAGCAACGAGUCCUGCUUCGCCAAAUACCGUUACCGUGACUGUUCCCGGUUCGCCAUCGUCCUGUCCUACUUCUCCAAGCACCGUCACUGUGACUGUUCCAGGUUCGCCAUCAUCGUGUCCUUCAACAAGCAUUGAAGUCCAGCCAAAUUCUGGAUGUCCGUCAGCUACCGUCACUAGCAUUACCACGAGUGUUGUGACUACACCGGGUGGUACUCAGACGAUCACCAUCGGCGGUUCCGCUACAACAUCCACAGUCACCAUCCCAGGUUCCGUUACAACAUCCACAGUCACCAUCGGUGGUGCCGUUUCAACAGCCACAGUCACCAUCCCAGGCUCCGCUACAACAUCCACAGUCACCAUCCCAGGUUCAGCUACAACAUCGACAGUCACUUCAACUGUUCCGGCAGGUACGACCACUGUAACUUCCACCCUGCCAGCUGGAACCACGACAGUAACACUACCUGGCAUUACGUCUACUGUUCCUGGCGGCACUACUACUGUUACGUCGACCCUCCCGGCUAGCAUGACCACAGUUACUUCAACUCUGCCAGCUGGCACAACCACGGUGACGCUAACCGGCGUGACAUCGACUGUCCCGGCUGGCACCACCACAGUCACGUCAACCAGUCCAGCAGGAACGACUACUAUAACCUCAACCUUGCCCGCCGGCACUAAAACUGUGACCGUACCUGGAGUGACAUCGACAGUACCUCUAGGGACCACCACUAUCACGUCGACACUUCCGGUUGGAACCACUACAGUGACGCUACCUGGCCAGACGUCUGUCGCUACCUCAACUGUGCCCGGAGGAACCACCACUAUCACGUCCACCCUACCAGCCGGCACUACUACUGUGACACUGCCUGGCGUGACUUCAACUGUCCCUGCAGGAACAACCACCGUGACGCUUCCUGGCGGAACGUCUGUAAUCACCUCAACAGUUCCAGCUGGCACAACUACUGUCACACUUCCUGGCGGAACCUCUAUCACUACGGCUACGGUGCCAGCAGGUACAACCACAAUCACAUCGACGCUUCCAGCUGGCACUACCACCGUCACUCUGCCUGGUGGGACAUCUGUGAUCACGUCAACCAUUCCAGCUGGAACGACUACAGUCACCCUACCUGGUGGAACGACUACAAAGACCGCACCAUGUGGCACACAAACCAUGACGGAAACAUCCGUAUCCAGUUUAGUCGGACCGGGUCAGACUGUCACUGUUCCAGGACCUACUAUCACUUCUUUCGUAAUCUCUUCAUCGCCUGGUGGCACAUCAACCAUUGUCUCGACGGAGACCUUGCCAGCGACCACGGUCACCGUUUCCGGAGGGACAUCUAUCGUUACUAGUACGGUGGUGGAGACUGGCUCCUGCACACAAACCCAAACCGUUUGGGACGACUGGACCAGCAGCUCUGUGGCCUCUCCUACCUCCACGGCCACUUCCGCGGGAUCCUGGAGACGAGGAGGUUGGAGACGAGCAUGAGCACGCUGAGGGAGUCACGAGUCCCGAGGGUUUCUCUUAUGUCAAAAGUGCAGAAAAACAAAAGGAAGCAAUGAGUACCAACUGUCGUCCCUCCUUCAUGUCAUGUCAGUUGAACAAAACAUCUUAGCAUAUCUAUAUGAGGUCUUAAUG